CGCGAGAGAGAGAGCGCGUGCGAACGAGAAACUGCAUUCAUUUCGGCUCAGCGCAAGGCUCCACUCUUCCGUUGAAUUGCAUUUGAUCUCGUUCCAAAAUGGCCGACCACGCCGACGCAGUUUCCCCGGCAUGUUCCUCUAGCGCUACACGCUCGAACCAACGUCAGCGGCUCGAUUGAAAAGAAAAAAACCCAUAUAUCCUUUUUCUGACUCACUGAAAUGAAUUUAACCCCUGCAUCACCCUUCACCACGGCAAGAGAAGAGCAGAGCAUCAUCGACAUGCUGCAAAACUAGAGAGACAUGUGAACACUGCGGUGAAAGCGAAUGGCUUAAAUGAGGCGUCAGGUGCAGGGGUGCCUGAGGAGCGUCACGAGGGAAUGGACCCUACUAAUGCACGUCUGCUCAACAUGUGAGCCGUUCAUUCAUGAGAGAAUGUCCUUAGUCACUGGCAUCGACACGUCUUGAAGCUGGUCUCGUUCAGUAAAUCGUAUGCUCGUUGACAGCCGGUUUUGUGAGUUCAGUUUGUCAUACAAUGCAGUCUAAUCCGUUAAUUUGAAUUUUCUUCUGAGAAGGAUUGUGGCAUUUGUGCCCCAUCAGCAUGGGUGUUAUUUAAUGAUCUUUGCGUGACACUGUGUGGACAGAAGCGCGUGGACGCUGCGCUGUAUUGCGCAUCUCAGCUGUUUCAAAGCGCUGAUUGCACAAAGCGACAUAAAACCCGACAGGCAGUGGAUACAUCCUGCAGCAGGAAUAGCACUUCUUUGUUUUAUACUAUUGUGGACGCAGUUUGACCAAAUGUGGCCGUAUCAAGCGUGGAAACAGAAGACCGAUAACCAUUAAUCUGGUUUUAAAUCCCUAAUUUGUUGGUAAAGCAUCAAAAUGGAGAUUUAAACUGCUUGGUGUCACAAUUGAGGGGACGCACUGUGGAUAUAGCGUCUCAUUAUCGCAACAGCUGUGAGCGUAGGAGACACGCGAUGGUCUUCAAGGACUCCUGUAAUGCUGCCUGAGCAGUGAGUGAGUAAAAACAUAAAUGCAAAAAAUGAUACACAUAUAUAUUGAAAUGGCGAAGUGCGCUGUGGUGCAACACUGAUACUGUAAUUUGGGUUCGGUGAGGAAAAGAAAUGAGAAAGACUGGACAUGAUGUGUGUUAUGAAAUAACUAAAUAUUGGCUUGUACGCACUUUUAAAAGAGUUGAAAUGCAUCAUCAAUUGGAAAUCGUAUUCCUAGUAUUGUCGUGGUUUUGAAAUGCCUGUAUAAAAGGAAGCAAUAUUAAUGGCUUGAAUAGAGAACAAGCUAUUGUAAUGAGGGUGAAAAGAAGAGGAGGAACUGGGUUGUUCUGGAAGACAUGCGCACACCUCCCAGAAGCCAAUUUAGUAUUGCGGUGGAUUUAUUAGUGCAACUUUGGUCCCUACAUUUCAUUUCUGCCUCAGGAUGGAAUGACUUCUAAAGAAAAUGUCUCUCAAACACUUCAGUCUGAGUCAUGAGUAGACUAGAGCCACAGAAGAGCUUUGCAGCUGAAACAUUUGAUUAGUCAAAUAUACAUUUAAAAGGGGAAAGGAAGAGGCCACGUAUCGGAAAGAUGGACGGGAAGGAAAUCAGCUCUACAUCCUGUCUCAUGGAGAUUUGCUGACUUGGCUUGUUGUUACAUCUUUGCCUUUCUGUGGACUUCAGGCAAAAUUAUACUGUGAUCGUUGGGUGUUCCAUGACUGCCGGUAGCUGUUUUCGUUCAUUUUUAUUACUCCGUGGGAGGAAAAUUGGGGCAUGGAUGUCACUUUUUUUUCGCUCAUUGAUGUCGCUAGCGGACUGACUGAUUUUAUAUAGAACUUUUCGAAAGAUGUUAUUCGUUUUUGCAAACUGGCUUUGAUCUUCGUUCUGUGAUUCCGUGGUGGCAGAGGAAAUAUGGCACGCUUGACGGAAGAUUAGGAAUUUACAUUUUACUUCUUACAUCCGCAAAUUCACAAACACUAAACAAACUCGCGCACACACACAUGCUCACACUUGGUGUAAAAAAAAACAAAUCUACUACCUGACCUUUUGUAGGUGAAUAAAAUAUUCCCGUUAUGAAGUACCUUAAUCCUGUACUGUGACUUUCAAAAUUGUUUUUGACUCCAAGGGGUGUCUCUGACCGAAAGUGACACCUGUUCUGUUCUGCUUACUCUACUCCAACACCACCCCAUUUCUGUCUCUCCCCCCCACUCGUGGUACGUGGGGGGGAGAGCUUGCACCUACAGGGUGAUCCCAAAAGCUUGUACCUCUCAGCCCAGCUGACCCUCUCAGCAUGGAUACUAGCCAGGGCACCCCGGAGAGCCCUAACCGGGCGGUGGAGUAUCUACUGGAGCUCAACAACAUCAUUGAAAGCCAACAGAAGCUUUUGGAAACGCAGCGGCGCCGCAUUGAGGAGCUGGAGGUCCAACUGGACCGCCUCAGCCAGGAGAACAAGGACCUGCGGCUGGACCGACAACCCUGUCCUCCCCCACCUCCGCCUCCAAUUCACACCACCCAGACUCCCACAUCCAACGCUUCAGAGUCCACUCACAUCUACGCCAAUCAAACCCACAACAGCGGGCCCAUCCCCAUUCCUAUUCCGGCUCCAGCGCCCCCGCCUCCCCCUCCGCCGGUACCGCCACGGGACCGCCGAGUCAAUGCCAACAUGCACAUGAAGCUCGGCCAAAGCCUGUCUGGACCAAAUGCCACGGAGCGAGAGAGGGAACGAGACCGGGAAAGAGAGCGAGAUGGUGCUGCUAAGAGUUUGGGAGGCUCUCUACAGAGACAACCAGAAGGACACUCCUCCAACAAAGACAGUGUGGAAGGAGAUCCUCAGUGUCCUAACAAGGGAAGCUUUUCUGACAGCACCUGCAGUCAGGGCCCGUACCUGGGCAAUUCGAACCGCUACGGGAACAUUCGAAACGUUCCAGGCCCACAGGGGCCUCCCGUGGCUCCUCCAAGCCCAGCAAGUCUGGCCUGGGCACAACGGACCCGGCACCAACCCGCAAGCCUGGCACUCCGCAAGCAAGAAGAAGAGGAGAGUAAGCGCUGUAAAGUGCUGUCUGACAGCUAUGAGCUCUCCACAGACCUGCAGGACAAGAAGGUGGAGAUGCUGGAGAGGAAGUAUGGCGGCUACUUCCUGAGCAGGCGAGCGGCUCGCACCAUACAGAGGGCGUUCCGGCAGUAUCGCAUGAAGAAGAACUUUCAAAAGCUGCGCAGCUCCGCCUCUGAAAGCCGAAUGACGCGUCGGAUCAUCUUGUCGAACAUGCGUUCGCAGUACUCAUUUGACGAACGGCAGCCACAGGUUCAGCCCCAGAUUCCCCAGCAGCAGCAUGGUCGAUAUAGCAGUCAUCACCCAUCAACCUUGGGCACAGCCGGCCAACCAGGAACUCCAGACACACAGCAGGAGUCCGAUUCACCUGCCCACUGUCCUUCAGACAGGGAGGAAUACUCGCAUGCAGAUGACGCCUUUAACAAACAGGUGACGUCUUUGGCUGACUCAAUGGACGACACUCUGACAUGUCAGUCAAGCCAAGGGGAAUCUCAGGAUGGUGGUGGGGCCGGAGAGGAGGCCGAGGAUUUCGGAGAGUGCGUGUGGAGCAGCAAAACUACCCCACGCAGGGGUAUCUUGGGGGAGCAGGGACGACUGGGCGUCAUGCACGAAGACAGCACUGCCACCUCGUACAGCGAUGUCACGCUUUACAUGGACGAUGGGAUGCCGUGUUCGCCGCUGUCCAUUGACCAAGUUCCCUCUAGCACAGACACGGAGUACUGGGGCGUCAGCAGCGGUGUCGGAGGUCGCGAGGACAGUCGGGACACGGAGGGCGGGGGCAGCAAUAACAGCCGGCGCAGCACACCGUGCACUGAAUGCCGGGAUUACCGUUUACGUGGAUCGCACCUUCCUGUUCUCACUAUAGAGCCGCCCAGCGACAGCUCCGUUGACUUGAGCGACCGCUCAGAUCGCGGCUCUAUCAGCAGACAGCUGCUCUACGAGCAGGAGCCCGCAAGUGGCGGAUCGCCCCAGGGAACUCUCAAACACAACCCCACCUCUCGCACGCCCAAUCCCUGUACGGCACAGGGCCAGACGAGACCUUCGGGCCGUCCCAUCCCGUCGCCUCUGCCUACACAUCUACCACACCACGCUAUGAUGCACCAUCAUCAUCACCCGCACAUUCACCAUCCACUGCACCACCACCCGUUACCACACAUGCAUCACCCCUACACAGAUCCCACAUCACCCUCCCCCACCCAACCUCCACUUACACCACUGUCUUCUUCCUCUUCUGCGCCGUUGCCGCCUACUGGCAUGGAACACUCUGAUGGGGACAACGAUUCUCUGAACUCCACCACUAACUCUAAUGAGACCAUCAAUUGCAGCUCAGGCUCCUCAUCCAGAGACAGUCUGAGAGAGCCUUUGCCUCCGCUAGGAAAACAGACCUAUCAGAGAGAAAGCAGGCACAGCUGGGACUCACCCGCUUUUAACAACGAUGUGGUGCAGAGGAGGCAGUACCGCAUUGGACUCAACCUCUUUAACAAGAAACCAGAGAAGGGGAUCCAGUAUCUGAUAGAGAGAGGGUUUGUAUCAGACACACCUGUGGGCAUUGCACGCUUCAUUCUGGAGAGGAAAGGCUUAAGUAGGCAGAUGAUCGGGGAGUUUCUGGGAAACCGACAAAAACAGUUCAACAAGGAUGUGUUGGACUGUGUGUUGGAUGAGAUGGAUUUCUCAGGGAUGGAUCUGGAUGAUGCUCUGAGAAAGUUCCAGGCUCAGAUUAAAGUUCAAGGAGAAGCUCAGAAAGUAGAGAGACUGGUGGAGGCAUUCAGUCAGAGAUACUGUGUGUGCAACCCAGCGCUCGUCCGUCAGUUUCAGAACCCGGACACGAUCUUCAUCCUGGCAUUUGCCAUUAUUCUCCUCAACACGGACAUGUACAGUCCUAAUGUCAAAGCAGAGAGGAAGAUGAAACUGGAGGAUUUCAUUAAGAACCUCAGAGGAGUGGAUAAUGGACAAGAUAUUCCCAGGGAUAUAUUAGUCGGGAUCUACCAGCGCAUUCAGAAAUGGGAACUCAGGACAAACGAUGACCACGUGUCUCAGGUUCAGGCUGUGGAGAGGGUCAUCGUGGGCAAGAAGCCUGUGCUUUCUUUGCCCCAUCGCAGGCUAGUGUGCUGUUGUCAGCUGUAUGAAGUCCCUGACCCCAAUCGACCCCAGCGGAGUGGAGUUCACCAGCGGGAGGUCUUCCUCUUUAAUGACCUGCUGGUGGUGAGUCUUCUUCACAUUGAUGUAACAAAGAUCUUCCAGAAGAAGAAGACUUCUGUGACGUACAGUUUCAGACAGUCUUUUCCCCUGGUGGAGAUGCAGGUUCAUAUGUUCCAGAACUCCUACUACCCUCACGGUAUUAGACUGACAUCAGCAAUGCCAGGCAGCGAGCGGAAGGUUCUGAUCGUGUUCAACGCACCGAGUCAGCAGGACCGAACACGAUUCACCAGCGACCUGCGUGAGAGCGUCGCUGAGGUUCAGGAGAUGGAGAAAUACCGUGUGGAGUCCGAGUUGGAGAAGCAGAAAGGUGUGAUGCGUCCAGCGCUCCUCAGUGGAGAUGUGGGUGGGGUCGGUGGGAUGAAGAAUGAGGCUGUGAAUGGCACUCUGGGUAGACCCAGUCUCGAUGACACGUACGCAUCGGGGGAGGGGCUUAAACGAACAGCUCUUAGCUCCUCACUGAGAGACCUCUCUGAGACAGGAAAGCGAGGCCGUAGAAACAGCGUUGGUUCUUUGGAUAGUACCAUUGAAGGAUCCAUCAUUAACAGUCCUCAGCCACACCAACGCAUUCCCAUGGGGAGCGCUGUUCCCAGCUGCUAUGGGCUGGAAGACUACCGGCCUCAUCGCCCCAUCCUGAGCCCCGGAGUAGGGGUGGGGGGUGGGCCGGGGCAGCUUCACAAUGCCGUAGGGAACAUGGGGGGAAUUCCUGGCAUCGGCGAUCAAGGUGGGGGACCGGGGAGCAGUUCAGGAGGGAGCAAUUCAGGUUCCUUCCUGGGCUCCCUGUUUGGCAGCAAACGUGCCAAACCUCCACCUCCCCUUAUACCCCCCGGGCCACAUUACCCGGCCCCCGUGCCGCCUCCUACUACAGGCGGACCGCCGCCUCCAUCCCCCUCCGCCCUCAGUCAGUCAGACCCCGGUGGGCCGUCCAAAAUCCAAGCGCUGCACGCCCAGUACUGUCACAACAACUUUGGUCAGCCUCCGCCCCCGUACCACCAUCAUCAUCGAUAUCACAUGCAGGCAUCCAUCCCAGGCCAUUUGCCCGCUACCCACUAUACGCUUCAACGAGGGUCCCUCCCCAGGCGCGGACCGCCCGCUCCUUCUCACGCCCAGCUCCAGCAGCAACUAUCCCAUCAGACUAUGCAGCAAGCCCGCUACGGCAAUAUGGCCUGCACCCCUCCGCCUCUGUCCCCACAUUCGCCCCAUUCCCCCAUCGGCCCAUUCAGCUUCUAUCACGUACACCCCAACACCAUACGCCUCGUGCGUACACCCGGUCCUUCCGGCAAGCUUCCACUCACCCUGUCUCAUUCUCAACCCCACCCACACGCCCACUCCCACGUUCUCUCUCAUAUCCACAGCCAUCCCGGCCACGCCCACAGCCCCCACCCCUUAAUACAUCACUCCGCCCAUCAACCUCACUUCAUCUUCUCCCCUCCCCCUCAGGCGCCAUCCGCCAUCACCGCUCGCCACAUACCCCAGGGCGCCACCCACUACAUACCACAGUACCCGCCCCUUUCCUCCAUCCCGCCCCCUCCUCUGCACUCACCGUUACCCCCUCCGUCCUCCCCACAUACACCCCUCACUCCUCUCACCCCGCUCUCCCCGCUGGCCCCGCAGCUUCCCGGGCCCAUGGGGGCCCAGCCGGGCGGCCCAGGGGGUGGAGGAGGAGGCGGAGCCACCAACAGCAGCACAGGCGGCAGCUCCAAAUCCAAACCUAUCAACCGCAUCAGCACGGUGGUGUGAGGGUGAGCCGCAGUAGAGGGCGCAGGGUCAGAGUCCCAACGCAGACGAGCCGAAGCCCAGGCAAGAGGAAGCAAACCCUACUCAGCCUCUGUUACUUCCACAUACGCUUUCCUCAUGUGUAGAGCCUCAAGAUGUCGCAGGGGAGCGGGAUCCUGGCCAGCUACAUGGUCACUGUUAGCCUGAACGGCGAAACACACUUGCUGUGUCGGGAUCUAAUCUACGACUGAAGUUCUGAGAAGCCAAAAGUGAUGAAGACGUAAAGCAGAGUAAAAGUGUUUUUGAAAGUUUACGUUGAAUUGGAUGUGCAUCUCUGCCGAAGGUUGAGCUUACAAGAAGAAAGGGGGUGCCAAUGUAAAUCAAACUCAGAUUCUGGAUUUAAAGAGACCAAAUUUGACUAUAUAUAGUGAAAAGGUGUGCCGUAAGCUUUUUUAACGUCAAAAACUGAAGGAGCAUGGACCAAACUGAACAGAUGAGUGCAAAACCUACCAGAAACUGGGACUUGAACUGAACUUUUCAUUCGUAGUCUUUUUAAGUUUUCAUGCGUGUCAGAUGACAAUCAUUCCAGAGUUAGUCAGAAAACGAUUGAUACAUUCCUCAAAAUUUCAAACUUAUUUCUCAUCUGAAAUAUACUGUUUAAAAGGACCAGCAUGCACUUCAAGGGGAUGCGACUUUUCUUUUGACUCGUGAGUGGAUGAACAGGGUGUUUAAUCAUUGAGAAAGCUUCAUUUAAUGUAUGCUGUGCAGUGAGAAAGGGACAUUUUUGACAUUUUGAAAAUGAUUUAAGCCAAUCCUUGCUGAAAAGACCAUUCUGUGCUGGUUUGUGCUGGUUUAUGCUGGUGGUGAUAGUGAACCGACAUAGCCAGUCACUAACAAAACAUGGUAACCCUUAUGAAAGAAAACUAUGUGGGAAUAUACUGGAAAAUAUAAUGCAAUAUGUUAAUCAUACAUUUCCAUAUUAUAUUUUUCCAAUAUAUGAAAGUGGCAGUAUUAUUGUAAUAUACAGUAUUAACAAUGUAUUAUUUCAAAUAUUUAUUAAAUGAUUUAAUAUAUUGACAGUUCAUAUAAAGGAAAAUAUCUUUUCUUUGGUUAAGGGUAAGCUAGUUAUAAAAACACUACAGUGACGUGCUAAUCUUUUCAACAAGGAUACUUGUGUAAAACAUCUUUUUAGACCUCAGCUAUGUCAUGAUGUGAUUUGUGUUACCAGUUGAAUGUGAGCCAGUUUUAAAAACGUUUGGGUAGAUGUUUUGCUGUCUUUUGGUACUACUGUACAUUAAGAAAUAUAAUGAGUCUGGACUAAUAGCCACCAAUCACAAAUCAGUACGUUUAACUCAGCACCACCUCUGCUGUUACCUCAGCUUGUGUACUUCCCAUUUAAUGUUAAUGUUAUUCUGUCUGUAACUAUUUAAUCAAUCUCAUCUGACCUAUAAAACAUUCAUAUUUGGCAAUUCAUCACAUAACCUUAGUGCCUACAGUAAAGGUUUGUCAUUGGAGGUUCGGGAUCAAUGCAUCUGGAUAUUUUCUCUUGAUCACCUUCGGAUGAACUAGACAGAGUGCCACAGAAUUCCUGAAAUGAGUUCUGGAUUUGGUUUUGUACAGCUUUAAAACAAGGCAGUAAUAGUGUUAAACAUUUAGAAGUUACUAUUCAGAAACUGAAUUUUAAAAGAACGUCUGACUAUGGGUGAUUUUAUGAGUGAAUUUAUAACUACUAUGAUGUCAAAUACUGCUCAUCUAAUUCUUGCUAUUUUUGGUGUAAAUGCAACUACUAAUAUGAUACAUGGAUAUGUUUUAGCAGAGUGCUGUGCUGGUUGUUUUAUGAGAGCUUUUUUUUUUUUUAGAAAAGGCCGCAGGCUAGAUUCCUGGUGUACGAUUAAUGUAAUCGGACUGCUGAUUUCAGGUUAAUGUUUUGCAGCAAGGUUGUAAAACUAUUAUUUACGUGAAAAAUGUAUGAUCCAUGUAAAUGUUGUUGUUGCCAGAAGCCAUACACACUUACUUGAGCAACUUGCUCUUUUAAUAUUGUGAAACAAUGCUGAGUUGCAUGUCAGUGGCCACUUAUUUUUAUAUGGAAGCGUUUAGGGGACCUAUAUGCACACACCUACACACUCAUUCACAGUAAGAUGCUGCCAAGGCAUCUUUAAAUGUAAAGAUUUUGCUGAAGUUUCUGGUUUUGCACAUACACAAGUUAAAGUUCAUCAGUGCCUAGGAUCCAGAGCAUCAUUACCAUCUGCCACCCUCCAGAAACUCUACUUUUUUUCCCUUUCAUCGACAACCAAAAUUGUCCAUUUUCUAUAUAUAUAUAUAUUAACACAGAAUUGUUCACAGUAUUACAUUAAAGAUUUUUGUGUUGGCAGUUAUUUUUAUACUUACACAAUAUUAACCUUUUAGUGUCACAAGGCUCAAAAAGAUCUUUUAAAUUAUGAAUCCGUGCUGCUUGGCCCAGCCCUUUUUGUUUAUUUUU